AUGAGCGGCGCAGGUGAAGACAGAUGGCGCGGGCCUGCCCGUCAGUCAUCGCAACGCCAGUCAGGCAAUGGAAAUCGCGACAAGUCAGGGGGACAAGGUGGCCCUCGAGGUGGCAACUCAUCAUGGGGUGCUUCUAGCCCAGCGCAAGAUCAGCAUGUACCUGUUCGGGGAUUCAAUGCCAUGGAGGCCAAGAAUGUUCUGAAGAAAGGCCCUCAUGAACCGAAAGCACUCUUCUACAAACCGGCCGGCAAGGACUCGAACAACCAGCGAUCAGGUGGCCCAUGGGGCUCGAAGUCAAACACAAUGGCGAACGGAAAGGACUUCUUCAUCGAGCUCCGGAAGCAAGUCGCCUCCCUCCAACGUGGUGGCCCUCCUAUCGGCGGUUGA